AGGCUGAAGGCAGCAGUUCACUACACAGUCGGCUGUCUUUGCCAGGAAGUUGCGUUGGAUAAACAGGUGCAGUUCAGCAAGCAGACCAUUGCAGCCAUCUCGGAGGUGACUUUUCGACAGUGCGAAAAUUUUGCCAAAGACCUUGAAAUGUUUGCCAGACACUCUGGUGACUGCUUCUGCCCUCUCCGCAGACAUGCAAAAAGAAGCACAGUCACCACUGAGGACGUGAAGCUCUUAGCCAGGCGGAGUAAUUCACUGCUAAAAUACAUCACCGAGAAAAAUGAAGAGAUUGCUCAGCUUAACCUAGAGCGAAAGGCCAAGAAAAAACGGAAGCCAGAGGAUGAGAACAGGGACUUCAUGGAGCUGGAUGCUGAUGUGGUAGGAAGUGACAGUUAAGUCCUGGCCACCUGAGACCGGCAGCUUGAGCAUGAAGAACCACACACCACCAGAAGCGGUCUGAGGGACAAGGAAAGAUGCUUCAAGACAUCUGAUACAGCUAAAAGAGCCGGGAGUUCCUGCAAAGCCACCCAUGCUUUCCUCUGCACGGGAACGGCUGCUGUUGGAUGGCGUGAUGUGACUUAGUGGCUGAGGCUGAUGGCCCCGUGUUAGCAGUUAGACAUGCUGGGUGUUUGGGGAUAGGUAUAGUCCUUCACUGUUCAUUUUCUAGGCCAGAUGACGGUCUCUGAAUGGUGAAUAAAGUUCUGUUUACUUA